AUGAUAACGAAGAAUUCUGCUGCACAUGGGCUGAAACAGAGACUCAGAGAGCUGAAACACAAGCUUCAAGGCAUCAAUGACCUCCGCCCAACGACAACAACAACGACCACUACUACAACUCGAACCACAACAACGCGACCAACAAUUACUUUACCGACCCUGUCCUCGUCAACCCAAUCAACGAGCCGAACUCUCCCUAUCUCGCCGACUUUACCUGCCGAAAAAGCGCCAACUUUACCUCCCCUCCCCGAUUUCGAAACCAUCAUCGACAAUUUCAUCGACUCCAAUUUUCCAGUAAACGAAACUGACACAAUCGAAUUCGACUACUGCUCCUCGUGGUAUGGUAUUCUUGGCUAUGGUGUUCCGAUUCCGAUAAGAUUUUCGCACAAAUUCGCGGUUCUCGGAUUGUUGACUGAUGGGUUGCUUUUCCUAAGCGCUGUUUACUAUGGAAUGUCUACGAUUGUUUACGAACUUAUGUUUUUCUCUACCGUCUUGUCUGUUACCAAGCUUCUGGGACUCAUUGGAUCCAUCCCUGUAAUGCUCGAUGUCUCCUGUAAUUGCUACAGUAUGAUCGGUUCUGAAGGGUGGAUAGAAGUAACUGGGGUUGUCACAAAACUCGGCUGCGUGAUCGCUCUUCUUUUUCAAGCAAAAGGCCUUCCUUCUCUCAUCAAUCUUUGGGAGCAUCAGAGAAUCAUCGAAAACUGUAUUUCUAUCAUUAUUUCUGCCUUGACGCUGUACUCGCUAAUAAGCCCAACUCUUUUCGAUUCAAGAGGUUAUAUCUCUGGUUUUGCCACUGAAAAAUGGUAUGGCAUCUGGAAAAUCUGCACCGGAACCGCUUAUGACUCAUCGGAAAGGUGUACAACCUGGGAUGAAGCGUCUCCCGGUCUUUGGGAUCCGAGCUCUUACUGGCUUCGCCCUCGACCUAUUGGAUUUAAUUAUAUCGCCCUUGUUAACAUCAUCGUCUCAAUAUUUGGGAUCCUGUUUUGCUUCCUCGAUUCUCCCAAACUCCGGCGAAUCGGAAUCAUGUUUACAGCGCUAGCCACAUUUUGCCUCGUAACAAUAGCAGUUUAUGUCAUUGAAGGAGUGCCCAUCCUCACAGUUCCAGUGUUAAAAUACGGACCGAGUUUCAAAGGAUACUAUGGUUCUGCUUGGUACUCUUUAGCUGCUGCAGCAGGAUUUGGCGCAAUAAACUGGCUAGCGAAUUCUGUUUGCAUUUUUUCAACAAAAGAAGAAAACCAAGAAGAAAACGAAAAACUCAAAGAUGAGAAAAAUUUUAUAAAAAUUUAG